AGGGAGACGAGAUGAGUACCCAUACCUGAUUCAAUUGGGAUUGAGGAAGUCGGCUACUCGGUGCUGGGCAGUGGGCGACUGGGCAGUCGGCGCUGGGUGGGACUGACGGCGAAGGCUCUCGUAGAAUUGGCGAUGGCUGGGACUCUGCGAGACGGCGAAGCCUCUAGGCGAAUCCUUUGCCCUCGAACAAUGAAGAAUUUAUGGAAAAGGGCAGAAAAAAAAAUUUCUGCUGAGGUAACUCCAUCUGUGAAGGGUCAAUCGUUCCUGGAUGCUUCGAAAAUUGAGGUUCCAGCGUUGGCUUGCACCAUUGAUAUUGAUAAAAUACCUGGAAUGAAGUUAACCCUGAAAUCUUCUUUGGGGGAGUUCCAGAAUCUGGUGGGCGAAGGACUUGGAGAUCAUCCAGAAGUUCUUGAUUUGUUUAGGGAGAGCACCCCUUUUUCUCAUUUUUUGGAUGUUGAGUGUAUUCCUCCUCCUCUGUUACUAUGGCAACUCAUUGCGAGGGAAGCCAAAAUAAAGAGGAAAGGAGAGAUGUGGUUCGUUUUCAAAGGAGUUCCUGUCAGGUACUCCUUGAGGGAGUUUUCACUCAUUAGCGGCCUCAACUGCUCUCACCUUAACGCCGGCUUUGAAAAUUCUAAGGAAUUAACCUCUGCAAAGAAUGAUUUCAUUCGUGCUCACUUUCCUUCAGCAAAGAAGGGAAAGAAAUCUGCUGCAGUCACAUACAAGAUGGUGCCAGAGACGACAAUCAUGGGUGAUUGUGAGGAGACUGAGACACGAAAUCCUUCCCCUGACCAUAAGGCUGAGUCUACCCACGAGACAAUGGGAACAGAAGAUGCUACCUCAAUGAAGCCUCUGCAGGAAAUGUCUCCUUAUACAGCGGACGGGAGGAAGAAAAAGAAAGCCGAUGAGCUCUUAUCUAAGCCGCCAACUAAAGCAGAUCUUUUGGAAUUUAAGAGCUUCAUCGUAAAAGCAAUUAAAGAUGACCGCCCUGUACAAUGCUACCUCGCCCAGUACAAGGAGAUUCAGGAUUUUGUGAAAACGUUCUGGACUGACCUUAUCACUCCAGGUUUUUGGGUAGCGGAUACUCAUCUGAGUGAGUACCUUUACGUCCUGAGAAGACGUUUAUGCAAUGACGAUGGAGACUCAUGCAUUGCGCCUUUUGAAUUCAACAAUUAUGUGAACUCUUAUGCGCAUGACCCAGAAUGGCCUAUUUUGUCUGGAUCCCUUGAAAAGAUUGUGGAUGGUACAUACAGCGAGGGGCCGGAAGCAUUUAAAACCAAAUCCUGGAAAAAGAACACUACGUACGUAUAUUAUUUGAAAGGCACGAGUUCACAUUGGUUCUGUAUCAAGGCUGACUUUGAGAGGUGCCGCCUCGUCGUGCUUGACUCCCUUAAGAGGAUAACUUCGAUUGAGACGAUGGCUAGUUUGCUGAUAGAUGAUCUUAGAGGGUUUAAAGGCAUUGCUGGAAUUAGAGAAAUCGGCAAGCAGGGAUAUGCCGAUUGGGAAAUUGAAUACUGCACAGUACCCGAACAGAUUGAUUGUGUUUGCGGCAUCUUCGCGGCGGCAAAUGUUUCCCAUGUCAUCGGCCACCGAAACAGAGUAUCUCUGUUGGACCGCCGCAGUUCAGUGAAAAUAUCCUCUUCCGCCGCUGCACUAGCGCCAUUAACGCCGCCGUCAGCGUGCCCUCCGCGGCUCUCUCCCAAGAUAAAGUCGCCCCGGCAGCCCGCCUUAAAAAGAUCAGGGAAGGACCCCCACGGCCUCAACUCGAGCGGCGAGAAGGUUUCGACCCCACGGGGGUCAUCGAAGGCUCCGGCGAGUGUGCUGGCAAAGAAGUCCAGGAGUGCCGGCGGCGGAGGCGGAGGCGGAGGAAUGUCGGUGGCAGCGGUUGACGGACCGGGAAGCAUAGCGGCAGCGAUGAGGGAGCAAGCCGCAAUCAUGCAGGUGCAGAGGAAAAUGCGGAUCGCUCACUAUGGAAGGUCCAAGUCCGGCAAGGGGUCCUCCGGCGGCGGCGAAGCCAUUGCCGCCGGUCGUGAGGAGAAAAGGUGCAGCUUCAUAACACCCAAUUCUGAUCCAAUCUAUAUUGCUUACCAUGAUGAAGAAUGGGGAGUUCCUGUCCAUGAUGACAACAUGUUGUUUGAGCUAUUGGUGUUAACUGGUGCACAAGUGGGAUCAGAUUGGGCAUUCGUCCUGAAGAAAAGGCAAGAUUUCAGGGAGGCUUUUAGUGGGUUCUCAGCAGAGCUGGUUUCGAAGUACACUGAGAAGAAGAUGAUCUCUAUCAGUGUUGACUAUGGAAUAGAACUGAACCUGGUCAGAGGAACCGUUGACAAUUCUAUCAAAAUUCUUGAGAUAAGGAGGGAAAUGGGGUCAUUUGAUGAGUACCUAUGGGCAUUUGUGAACCACAAGCAACUAGCCACACACUACAAGUGGAGCAACAAGAUCCCAGUCAAGACCUCCAAGUCGGAAGCCAUAAGCAAAGACAUGGUGAAGAGAGGCUUCCGCUUCGUCGGCCCCACCGUCAUCCACUCCUUCAUGCAGGCCGCCGGCCUCACCAACGACCACCUCACCACCUGCCCCCGCCACCUCCCCUGCGCCAAAUUCCCCUCUCCUCCCCGCAAUCCUGGCCCCCGCCGCCCCUACAAUAAUGUAAUAUAGUAACGACUAAAGUAGUACUAGUAGU